AUGGCAUCUUGAGGAAAAAGAAUAAAAAUAGCUCAUGUGAGAUAUCUUAAUAAUAUUUUCUAUUCUAUUGGGCAUAAGGAAAUUAUAUUGGCACAUGCAUUUGCAAAAUUUAAGAUGGGCAAAGCAAAUUGAGAGCCCUUGAACUGAAAGAUUAGAAUAAAGAGGAAAUUAGAAAUAGCGGACAAUAAAGCUAUAAAAUUGGAUUUGCAAAGGGAUAUUUGUAAGAAGAGAAAAUGAUAA